GGCGGUGCACGAGUAGUACAAACGCAUGGUUCGGGCCUUAUCCAUGGCGGCAGGUCAGCUAUUCAUCAACGCGAUCGGAGCCUAAGUCAACAGCGGUUAUGUGGUGAUCGAGGCACCGAGCAUCAUCGGACAACACUGAUCGACGAACGGAGCGCAAAUCUUCGACCCGCAGUUUCUUCGCCGAUGAAGUCUGGGACUAAAGAAGUUGGAUUCCUCGAGUCUGUCAGGUUGUUACUGUUCUUCAAAUUACGAGAGCUCCUGGCAUUUUUGAAAAUGCAGCACGAGUGUUAUGCGUUUUUCAGUGAUGUACUUGCCUCAACCUUAUUAAUUUAAUU